AGGCGGGGCCUGGACCCGCGACGCGCGGGACUGGCCGGCGUCCUGCGACAGCUGGGGGCGAGUUUCCCUCAAGCGAGGCCCGGGAUCCUGGCGGGGGGGAGGGCCAUGCGGACCAGGCGGGAGUCCAAACCCAGUAGCCAGGAGCUCCUCCCUGGGCGGCCGAUGGAGUAACUGCGGCCUUUGUUCCCCUCUCCACCCCCGUGGCCUCAGCCCCUCCGGCUGCCGCGGAACCGCCGGUCCCCCUCUCUCCCCCACGUCUCCCGGCCGUCGGUUUCCGAACCUUCCCCCUUGGGCUCGGGACACGCGGAUGCAGCUGCCGGGCCGGGGCUGUGCGAGGGCGGCGCGGAGGCGGAGCGGCGGCGGCUCCCGGGCGGCAUGCGAUGGGGAACUGUUGCUGGACGCAGUGCUUCGGGCGGCUCCGCAGGGAAGCGGGGCGGCUGCCGCGAGUAGGCGGAGGAUCCAAAUAUUUUAGAACAUGCUCAAGAGGUGAGCACUUAACAAUAGAGUUUGAGAAUCUAGUAGAAAGUGAUGAGGGGGAGAGCCCAGGAAGCAGUCAUAGGCCUCUUACUGAGGAAGAAAUUGUUGAUUUGCGAGAGAGGCAUUAUGAUUCCAUUGCUGAAAAGCAGAAAGAUCUUGAUAAGAAAAUCCAAAAGGAGUUAGCCUUACAAGAAGAGAAGUUAAGACUAGAAGAAGAAGCUUCCUACGCUGCACAGCGUGAGGCAGCCAGGGCAGCAAAGCAGCGAAAGCUCUUGGAGCAAGAGAGGCAGAGAGUGAUACAGCGAUACCAUCCUCCCAGCAACGGAGACUAUCAGAGUUCAGGACCAGAAGAUGACUUUGAAUCUUGUUUGAGAAAUGUAAAGUCGCAGUAUGAAGUUUUUCGAAGUAGUAGGCUCUCAUCUGAUGCCACCGUGUUGACACCAAAUACAGAAAGUAGCUGUGACUUAAUGACAAAGACGAAAUCUAGUGGUGGAAAUGAUGACAGCACAUCCUUGGAUCUAGAGUGGGAAGAUGAAGAAGGAAUGAAUAGAAUGCUCCCAAUGAGAGAACGUUCCCGAACAGAGGAAGACAUUCUCCGAGCUGCACUCAAGUACAGCAGCAAAAAGACUGGAAGCAAUCCUACAUCAGCCUCUGACGAUUCCAAUGGGCUGGAGUGGGAGAAUGACUUUGUUAGUGCCGAAAUGGAUGAUAAUGGCAAUUCUGAGUAUUCUGGGUUUGUGAAUCCUGUAUUAGAACUAUCUGAUUCUGGCAUAAAGCAGUCAGAUGCAGAUCAACAGAUUCGAUAGGAUAAAAUCAUAUGAUGCUUAUCAGUUAUGACCAAAUGUUAAAAACUUAACUGGAAUGUAUAAAUGGUGUACUGAGCCUUCCUUGUGAGGCAGAAGUAAGAAACCAUGUUGUAAAUGUUCAUUAGAGAAGAAGAGGGAUAAUAGGAUAGACCUGAAUUGCUUCAGAAUUAAGUGCAAUUUUAUCAUCUGCCUUCUGCUUUUCAAGACCAGAUUCAUGGGUCUGUCAUGUUAUUAAAUUUAUUUUAACUGUUUAUAGCACUACUGGUUUACUCUUGUAUAUUUACACAUUUUUUAAUCUGCGUUAAUUUUGUUUUGAAUGCUUUGCUGCUGAGCCUAUAUCAUUAUUUUAUAACUAUGAAAAUGUUAAAAAGUACCUUUGGUUAAUUCUCAAAUGUGAAGGGGGCAUGAGGAUGGAUAGUCAAGUUUUUAGAAUAAUCUUUCCUUUUCCUGCAUUAUUCACUUCUAUGACUUCUUUGUGUUUUAUUAUCUAAUAGCAUAGCUAAUGUCAGUUUCUUUCUCUGUUUGUUAGUUAUCCCAUUGUAAAGAUGUUGAUUCAAUCUGAUCAAAAGAUAAUAUAAAACAAGCUCUCAGACUGAACAUUUUAACUGGGCGAUAAUAACAAAUAGCAAUUGAAAAUAUAUGCAUUUAGGCUUUCGCUUCCUUUUACUUGCCACUAUAUUGACUUUUAAUUGAUUUCUUUUAGCAGUCAUUAUUUUAAAUUAUAUAUUUCCAAUGAAUGAUCUUAGAAAUAUUUUAUACAGAACAUAUCUGGGUGAUUUAAGAAAGGAAAACGUUAAAAGGUAAUACGGGUAUUUAAAAAUAAAUGAAGUCCUUUCUGGUUUGAAAGGUUCCAUUGAUUUUAUUACGUUUUCCUUUGCCUCAUAGUACAAGGUGCUUUCCUGGGAUGGAAUUAAGUUUGUCUCUCUCUCUAUAUAUAUAUAUAAAACUGCAUUUUGUGAUGGACAAUUAAUUAACUUUCUUAGAAUUUACAUAUUAAUAUAAAAGCCCAAGUCUGUAAAGCUUUCCUUGAUUUAGCUGAAGAGUGAGUAUGAUUUUUAGCAAGCAAAACUGUUUGAGGAUUUUCCUUAUUUUCUUUUUCUUUCCUUCUCGUGCAACAAUGACAGUGCAUGUUCUUAAACCAUAGGAAGGUCCAGAUCUAAAUGUCAACUUCAGGUUCCUGCUAUAUUUAAGAAAAAUCAUGUGGCCCUUUCAAUAUUUGAACUGCUAGGCAAUGACAACUAUGGAGUUUUUUUUGUCCAUUUUUAAUCUCAUAGAAACAAAUACCACACUUCAAUAUGUAAAUAAGACACAUUAGGUAAUGUUGUCAUUUAUAUCUGACUUAACAUAAUUUAAAUUGUUGCUAUGUCAUUGGAAAUAUUGUAAAGGUACUCUAUAUUCACAUUGCCUAUGUUACUGCUUUGUAAAGUUUAUAUACAUCAGAUGUAUAUUUUUGGUUUGGCCUAAGUUACUCUUGUAAUUUUUCUUGGCUUUUUGUUCAUAAGGAAUUUUCUGAAGGAAUGGUAACUUCUCAAGGAUUGUGAAUAAAUACAUUUUUACAUUUAAAAGAUAA